CGUCUACCAGUUUGUGUCUAUAAAGUAAUACUCUUUGGUGUUCAUCAUGGCUUCUACAGAAUCCCUUGUAUGUGAUACACUCGAUUUGAGCGGGCAAAAAUUAAAAAAGCUCAGUAGGUGUCCUUUGGAUGCUGAUAUCAAUACACUGAUAGUAGAUGACAAUGAGCUUCAACGUCUUGAUAAUCUUGACUCUUAUCACAGAAUAACAAAGCUUUCCAUAGCAAGAAAUCAGUUGCUUCGUAUGUAUGGUGUGUCAAAACUUCAUAACUUAGUUACCUUAAAUCUGGCGAACAAUAGCAUACUCACUAUCGAAGGUAUUAAGGAACUGACAAAUUUGCAAACAUUGUGUCUUGCUGGUAAUAAUAUUAAGUCCAUUGAGCAUUUGCAUACAAAUACAAAAUUGGUACAUUUGGAUUUAUCAGAAAAUGGCAUAAGUCACAUUUCGGAUAUUUCAUACUUGCACAAUUUAAAGGAACUGUUUCUACACAAUAAUCGUAUAAUUACACUCUGGCAGUGUGAACGAUAUUUACCUGUUUCGCUUGAAACACUGACAUUGGCCAACAAUAAUAUAGCAGAUCUCAAUGAAAUGUCACACUUAGCAAGUUUAACAAAUUUAGUGAAUUUUUCAUUUGCUAACAAUCCAUGUGUGAGCAGGACAGAGAAUAGUAUUGGCUUCAAUUACCGCCCUUUCGUUAUCAAUUGGUGUAUGAAUUUGAAAUCAGUCGAUGGAUAUCCAGUGACGGACUUGGAGAGGCUCCUGGCCGAGUGGCUUUAUUCUCAGGGACGAGGUAGACAGUUUCGCGUUGGCGAACAUGCCCAGCUUACCCAAUAUUUAGCAUCCGUAUGUCCCUUCUCACCUUCCGAAAGCGAGAUGGAAAGGAAACUUAGACUCAUUCUAAGUAAAGCGCAGUAUCAUCAGCAACAACUGAGCCAACAGAGCGAUACUGGAAGUGUGCACAGCUUGAGUAGUGCAGUACUGAGCCCUUCCCCGGCUGCUAGACGUAGAUUUAAUAAUAACAGGACGAACUCUCCCAGGCUACCCAGUACAUCUCGAGGUUCUUUAAGAAUAAGAUCGCCGGAUAGAAUGGUAUCCAGUUGUCAUGUAGAUUCUAUGGUCUCAUCGUGUCAUUCGACUUUGAACAACGAUCAUGAACCACUCAUGACGCAAAGCUUGGACCCAAACAUGUUAAGUGACAGUCUUGCCAGCAAAUCGGUCAAUUCUGGUUUAUCACAGCAUAUUGAAGAGACAUCAAGUCCAUUGCAAGCUGCGACGAAAUUGGUACCAGUUCCUGAAUCUUUAAUGAGUCCUGAUUUUCGCCCUCCUUCUGGACUUUCUCGAAUGUUACCAAAGACUCCACCAAGUAAAUUAAACUCUCCGAGUCAAAUUACCAUACCCGGUAAAUUCUGUCCUGAUAGCGAUGGAAAAACCGCAGCAAUAAUGAAUACCGAGAACGCUGUACCAAAAACCAAUCUCUGCACGUUGAAAGCAAACGCGUUAAUGAAAAGUAACUCCGCUUCGAACUGCUCCAUAGGAAAAGCAAAUAUUGCUAAACCUAUUAUCACGAAUGCCAAUGGAAAGCAUCCUCAGACCGUAAAAAUCAAUAACUAUGUGCAAAAUAAAUCUCCACGUGUGACGAAGAGUUCGAAGGUCACGCCUUUCUUCGAAAGAUGUGUACGAAGACCCAAAAGUGCAAACGAACGUAUUAAAAAUAACAUAACGAGGAAAACUAGAGAUGGGGACGGUGACAAUAACGCAACAUUAAGUAGCGACGAAGACAGUGAAGUUUGUCAAGCCAAAUUGGACGGCAUUCGACACAGAGCUAGUCAACGGCGACAAGAGGAUAUCAUCAAAGAUGAUCAAGCUGAGAAAGCGGCGAUUUGCAUUCAAAGAAUUUGGAGAGGGUAUCACGCCAGAAAUUUGAAUAAAAAGGCAACGGACAUCUUAAAAACUAUAGAAAUGAUAAGGACCAACAAAUAUAUCCAAAAACUUUCGUCGGACAUGGAAGCCACGAGAACUGCUCUCGAGAGUGAACACAAACUGCAAUUGUUGCAAAUGCAAGCAAUAAAUGCAUUAUGGAAGAAAGUCGUAAGUUUGCAACCAGGUGGUCGAGACACAGGAAGAGGGGACAGUAAUGGAACUUCGCAACCAAACCCUGAUGUUGUUACGAACCUAGCACAGACAUGCAAUUUAUUGCAUUCGCAGGUUCAACAGCUGCAAGAUUCAAUGUCGGAAAUAAAGCGUUGCAUGUCGAGCCUGCAACCGAAACCAAGUCUGGUUGAUACCGGAGUGGGAACGCAAACGGAAAUAUCCGCUGUGCACACUCCCGCAGGCGAGGAAAAUACGUUUCCUUAUGCACGCCCUAACAGGCCGCAGUCCUUGGCGAUUCAACAGACGAUUCACGAAGGAAAUGAGAAUAAGAGCUACGCCUCCAAUAUGGUCGACAGUGUGUUGAAGAAAGCGUCACACUCGACCGACACUACGGAUGACGAAGUUAACACAGAUAUUUUAAACUCAAAUGAGAAUCCCGAGCCUCCGAUUUCCGUCGAUCAUCCUGACUUGUUCAAGAGCUGCGAGGAAAUACUCGAGUCAGAUUUCAAAGAUGUGGACGGCAAAAUGGACCCUGAGUACGAAGACGUGAUAGAAAGUGCUGCAAUCGGGGGCGAAGUUUGCGAGGAAGUAUUGUACAAAGAACUAAACCUUUUUAUUAACACCGAAGGUACUACAGAAGAUAACGUUUGCAAUAAUGUCAAGACAAAUUCGGAAGAGGUUGAAGAGGUCAGUCCAGCGGUUGAUUAAGAACUUAAACUCGAGAUUAUUUCGCGUGUUAUUAAGAGUGAAGCGGGAUAUUUGACAGCAGGCACAAUAGAAAAGAUCUCUGGUCGUAAUGACAUCUUAGGAAGACAUUGGCGAGAGAUUUCUAAAGACAAUCACUCCAAGAAUUUUAUGCCACAGAGUUGUGUGAGGAUUGCCAAUUUUUACCAUCUAUAAAAUAUUUCACCUUAGAUGGUAUUACAUGAGUUGAGUAAUUAACUCUGAACACUAUAGUUCAUAUAUAUAUAACGUCCAACAUCACAUAUUUCAAGUGAUCCGGCUUUUUUUUUUUUUUUUUCGUUUAACUAGAAUUAAGGGGAUGUGAAAGUGCCAAUCGUUCAUGAAACUU